AUCUAGAAUAUGCGCUGUAGCUAUAAAAGCCGGCCCAUAGCAAAACCGCGGCAGAGUUUGAAUUCGGCGUUGAACGUUGAAUACAAAAGCGAAGCGUGUGAUUCCAAAGCGAUUUACCAGUGAAUUUUGAAUUCGUGUGUUGUAGACAGUUGCUAAAACCUAGAAAAAAAUGUCGCUGUUGCCAUUGGUGUUCGAUGACUCCUUUUCCUACCGUCCAUCCAGGCUUUUGGACCAGUGGUUUGGCCAGGCUUUGGAGCCUCAGGAUCUUCUUCAGCCCCUGACCAUCCCUAGUAUGCUGAUGAGGUGCCCUGCUGGCUACAUGCGAAACUGGAGAUCACAAGCCUCAGAGCAAGACACUGGAUCCACAGUGCAGUUCGACAAAGAUAAGUUCCAGGCCCACUUGGACGUCCAGCAGUUCAAACCAGAGGAAAUCACUGUUAAAGUGACUGGAGACAACAGCAUUACUAUCGAGGGCAAACAUGAAGAGAAGCAAGAUGAGCAUGGACAGAUCUACAGGCACUUUGUAAGGAGGUAUGUCCUGCCCAAGAACUGUGAUAUCUCUAAGGUGGAAUCUAAGCUGUCUUCAGAUGGAGUGCUGACCAUCACAGCACCCAGGACUGAUGAUAAGUCCAUUGAACACAAGACAAUUCCUAUUCAGAAGACUGGCACACCUGCCAAGGCUGUGGAGAACAAGAAAUAAACCAGUAUUAUAUUUAUUUUAUGUAUCCAAAGAUUAUGAAAUAAUCCCAUUUUGUUUGUAAGGUUCAUUUUGUACAUGUUUUUUGUUCAAAUAAACUUCUUUUGAAAAUAUG